AAAGCAAGAAGAGAUAAGUUAAUGCAGAAGGAUUAGAUUGGGAAGGCGAAAAUGGCAGCAGUCGCUACCUGCCUUGUGCUUCCCUGCAAGCCGAAAACCCUCUCUCACGUUGCCUCCAGCGUCAGAUGCUGCACCGGAGCUCUUCCUCGCCGCUUUCCGGUCAUCAAAACCCUAGCAUUCUCUUCGAAUCUUUCCUCCGUUGCUUUUCCCAAUGGUGGAACUCCAAUUAGGGCAUUGGAGAAGCCGAAGCCAAUGCGGAGAUCAGUUGUCUGCGAGGCAGCGACAACUAAAAAGCCCGAUUCAGCGUCGAAGAGGGCUCGCCAGGCCGAGAAGAGGCGCAUCUAUAACAAGGCGAAGAAAUCCGAAGUCAAGACCCGGAUGAGAAAGGCCUUCGAAGAGCUUGAUCUUCUAAAAAAGAAGACAGAUGCCAAAGCUGAGGAAAUCCGUUCAGUUGAAGAACUGAUUGCGAAGGCUUAUUCAGCAAUUGACAAAGCAGUAAAAUCAGGCACUUUGCAUAAGAACACUGGAGCACACAGGAAGUCACGCCUUGCAAGGAGGAAGAAGACCGUUGAAAUCCACCAUGGUUGGUACAUUCCUGCUGUUACUGCUUGAAUGCUACGAACAUUACUUUGGCAUUGUUAAUCUUUGUGUUUAUUUAUAAAUUAUCUCUUCUGUAUGAGUUUAAAUGUGCACCUAGCUAAGUUGAUAUCUUAGUUAAUUUGAGUGUAGUGAUUUUCUUUCCUGAAAAAAUUUAUUGUCAUAUUCCUAUUGGAAA